AUGAGUUCAUCACCCGUUCCGAUGAACAAUAAUAAUUCAAAGGUUUCAAGCAAUAUUGGAAAUAUUUCUAAUACAACAGCAGUUUCUCAACAUCCUCCCACUUCAACAACCACCAAUAGUUCCAUAUCUACCAACGCUGCUCUCAGCAGUUACAAGUCAAAUUUGACCUCUUCUCAUACAAGAGAAAGAAACACCACAACUUCGUCGUCGGAAGAAACCUCACAUUCAUCUUCCGUUCGCAUUCUUACUGAAUACAACCCACUUUCAUCAACAUUUGUCAUACAGCCAUUAAAUUCAUCUGAAAAACCGUUUCUAGAUGUCGUGAAAGAAGAAUUUGAACAUUUUGAAGAGGAGGAAGAUGCGGCAUCUAUUCCUCAACAAGACACAGAUUCUAAAUCAAAAACUCAUGUACCGGAAGAACAACAGGGAACUACUAUUAAUAUGGAACAUCAUCAUCCAACAUUGGAUCAUACCUUAUCUCCUCAUUCAGAUCAUCCCAAACAACCUUUCUACAAAACUCUUGCCUAUUGUGUCUAUUAUGUUGGAAGUGGUUCUACAAGCUCUCUCGUCUUGGGAAUUCUUUUACAAAAUCUUGUAAUUCAAUUUCUCGGAGAGACCAAUAAGGCUCUCAACUUGAGCAUUAUUGUGACCAUUGCAACAGUGAUUGGUAGUGCUGUUUCACCAGUGGUAGGAAAUAUUUCGGAUCGUAUUGGACGAAAAACACGUAUUCCAAUAGUUGUGGUUGCAACAUUGAUUUGGGCCUUAUCCAUUGUGUUGCAAGCCAUAUGUUCCAUGAUGCAUACACAAUUUCCUAAAUAUUACAUAUUUAUUGUGGUGAUAUAUACCAUUGUAUUAUGUUUUGGAAAAUCUGGUUAUGUCACCUCACAAGCAAUUAUUACGGCAAUGGUCACAGAUUUGUUCCCACAAGAACAAAUCAAUUUAGUUUCUGCACUUGUUGGUGUAUUUACAUUAAUUGGUACUUUACUUGGAGUUGUUCUGGGAGGAGUUCUUGUGAGUCACAUUGAUUUAAUUUGGGUGUGUUUGGGGUAUGCCACACUCUGUACCUUAGUAUGUGUUCCACUAGCUCUCUUUCAUAAAGAGCUUCGAAAGCCACCAAUUAAUCAAAUACAACAAGCAGCAAAGCCAGCUGAAUUUGAGGAUGUUCCACUCAAUAACACCUCCAACGUAACAGCAGGCAACAACACCAAUUCAGAUUUGACGGACUCUACACCAAUGCCAUCUCCCCCUCCUCCAAAACCAUCUCGUUUCAAACGUGCUAUUGCCUAUAUCAUGCAAUUCUUAAUUCCUUUCAAGAAUAGAAAUUUUACUUGGGUGUUUGUGACACGUUUCACCAUUCAACUCACCAAUGCAGCAGCAAAGAACUAUUUCCUAUACUUUAUUCAUGAUGUGUUGAAACCAUAUAAUUUUGUUACAGACAAAUUUCCAACCACAGAUACAGAAGCAUUGUCACUGUUUUUAGGAAUUGUCUUUUUAUUUACUUUUGUUAGUGCCCUCUUAGCCCAGAAAAUAGCUAGCAUUAUUGGACGAAGAUUCGUGUACAGUGGUGGAGCACUUUUAGUUGGAAUUGCCAGUAUUAUUCUCAUUAUUUUCAGAUCGUACACUGUGAUGGUAUUUUGCUGCUCAAUAUUGUACGGUCUUGGUAUUGGGUCAUUCAUAAGUGUGGAUCUAUCCCUUGUCAAUUCUGUUCUCAUUUCUAAAGAUGAUUCAGGAAAAGACCUGGCAUUGUGGAAUAUUUCUGGAACCAUUCCAGAAUUAUUGGGAGUUCCAAUAGGUGGUCUUGUGAUAUUGAUAGGUGACUCUAUUGCACCAGAUAUCAAAGGAAUGGGAUAUUUAUUGCUAUACACUUUGGGAGCCUCUCUGCAAGUCUUGUCAGGUUUUAUGAUAUUUUGUGUGAGAAUAAGUCGAGCUCAAGAUACGGGAAGUGGUGCCCCUCAUGCCAUUUCCAAUCAACAAUUAUCCAAAAUGAAUGUUGAUGCUACAUUGCAACCAAACCAUCAUGACGACAAUACGGCCACCAAUAAUUCCGCCUUUUCCCCUACUAUUGAGAUUGAAUUGCAUGACGAUGAUUUGCACCAGAACAACCCACAAGGUCAAACGAGUAAAGUUUAA